AUGAGACUUUUAUGGAGUUUACGCGGUUUACUCGCAAUUGCUUCUCUUGCAGGUAAGUAUAUCUACUGUUCGUUUAUCAGUAGGAGAAUUUUUUUUGUAUCCGAUUUGAGAGUUUCAGUGAAUUAAAUCAACUGAAUUUUGCAAGGUUAACAGGAAAACUGACAAGACUGCUGGAAGAUUCUGUUUCUUAGCUAUUACAUCAAUGGUCACACCUUUGUAUUUGCACUUCAGUGUCAUUUAUCGCCCUCACCCCACCGCAAGUUAAAACCCGAAAAGAGAUACAAAAAUCCUUGCAGUCCUCUGCGUCGAUAUUAGUACUGUUUCUCUUGUUUGCCUUAUUGAAGACUGCAAUAUUCCUCAUGCAAUUUCCUAUUUUGGUAUCAAAAUUAUCUCGGCUACUCCACAUUCUCAACAUGACAAGAAAUGUUCCCGUAAGGACUAAAACAUAUUUUCAAGAAUCAAAAUAUUAUAAGUGGUUUCACCACAUUUUAAUCUAAAAUGCUCCAACUCUAUGGGUUUUUGGUUACAAAAGAAACUUUAAAAUUUUAAACCAUGGAAAGUUAUUAUAGUAAGAUAUUUGAAAUCCACUGAUUUAAUUCUCAUCGUUAGACAUAGACCCUCAUCCCUUUUUUGCAUCCUUCGUCCGAUUUUUCUCCUUAAAGCCAGGAGUGCUGGCGAAUUCAGAAGUUUUAGUUAAAAGAAGAUAAGCAGAAAACAAAAAUGUCUCUCCUGUAUACUUGCGAUAAAUUUUGUUCGCUUACUUUCAAGAAGUUGAGAUUAUUACGAGUUAUCAUAUCGCGGACAACGUUUAGGCUUUGAAUGCCGUUGGUUAAAAUUAAGUUUAAAGUGUCAAGCGGCCAACACCUUUUUCCUCUUUUCAUAAAUUUUCUCUUUCGUUCUCGAAUGGUAACCAAAGUUAAAAUUAAAUAAGUCAUUUAUUAUUAGAGACAAAAAGCUAGAAAAGUUCAAACCUCUAUGCACAGCGCAAUAAUAUAGUGUGAAAUGAUUGCUGAACUCACAGACCGCACAGCGGUCAACGUAUUUUUUUUCCCAUGUUUUCCUAGGCUCAAGACGGAAACGCAAGGUUUCACUUGAAAGACAAGAUUUUACUUAUUAUUUUCUUUGCGUUAUGGGCAAAAAUGAACCAUACCUUAAUUCUAUUCAAAUUAUGGAGUAAAAUUUAUGACAAUCAUCCGUUUUUCUUCUUAGUAAACGAGGGACAACAGCCGAAAGUAGGCUCAGCUUACAGCUAAAUAAAUUUCGUGGUAGAAAGCUCAGUAUGCACGUCAAAUAUUGAUUAUUUCUGUAGGGAAACUGAUGACCCAAUUGCACGAAAUAAUUCAAUGUAUUGUUCAAGUGAAAUCAGAACCAUUCAAGCUCCUUUGAAUAGGGUGUUUUCACUCACGUGGCCAGCAUCUAUGCAAACGUAUUGGAACAAAAGAAAGCGUUUGCAUAAGAAAAGAGUUCAACACCCACAGAAUUGGUUUGGGACACCAACAUGGGGGCCGUUUCAUUUGGGACACCAAUAUGGCCGCCGUGACGUCAUGUAAAAACACUCUAUAAAAAGAAUGUCAAAUUUAAAACUCAUUGUUUUUUCAAACGAUUUCCGGUCAAAAUGACCAAACAACCACUCUUCAAAGUUUGUUACCUAUGUUUUUUCGAAAUGACCACAGUUUUUGUUCCAGUUAAAUGGAAAAUUUUCAAAUUAACACUUCCUAGGCGCUCUUCUAGUUUUGAUCGAGAGUUUUUCGUAUUUGUCAGCUUAUGUAAAUAAGUUCUGUAAACUACAUUUAAUAUCCAAUUUAAAAGCUACUGAGCUUUGUUCCCUUCGAACAGGGGCACCCAACGAGAAUAUAGUUCAAAACCACUUAAACAUAACAUUGUUAAACGUAUUUUAGUAUUUAAACGAUAGAUAUAGGCAUAUUUUUAUCCCCUAAAAAUUUUUCAUCUGUUCGGAUUUCUUAGCUGAAAGUCUAGUGAUCCGAAAAAUAUAGGGAUCAAAACUUAUCCUUUUGAAAAUUCCAGCCAGAAAAAAGACUCCCGAAAGUUCUAGGUGACCUUUUUAGGGUAAAAAUCCGUUAAAAAUAGGCAAUUAGACCAUUUUUCAGAUGUUCGAAAGUCCUAGGAGAAGCAGGCAAGCAAGAAAUUUUGCAACAACUGUUCCGAAAAUUCUAGAUCUCAAAUCAUCUCAAGACAUCCUCAAAGACCCAGGGGCAGAUAGUGGGGGCGAGGGAAAGUCUAAACGGGCGGAAAAAUAUCGCACGAAGAAAAGUAAAGAACGACAAGAAGAGCCCUGGGGACAAUGUCUUACCAGACCAGUUCCAAACGGUCGCCGCCGUUCUGGCUUCUGAUUGGUGCCAGAAAACGUGUUUUUCUGCCCAAUCAGAAGGUAGAACGGCGGCGACCGUUUAGAACUGGUCUGGUAAGACAUUGUCCCCAGGGGCUCUUCUCGCCGUUCUUUACUUUUCUUCGUGCGAUAUUUUUCCGCCCGUUUAGGCUUUCCCUCUCCGCCACUAUCUGCCCCUGGGUCUCCGAGGAUGUCUUUCUCCCAAACCCUUGUUUAUCGCAAUAACUCACCGAAUCUUGUACACUAACAUUUAAUACCGAGGAGGACGUGAAGACAAGAGGCUUAUUUCACACCCGGGCUAGAAAUUCGAUAAGAGGUUCGCCUUAAAGGAGCUGUGUCACGAAAUUCGGCCAAAUUAGGCAACUACAAAAUGCCCGUUAAAUUAAGAGAAACAUAAAAAUAACCGCUUAAAACUUUAAAGGAAGGUUAAAAUAACCCAACAGAUACAACAGAUGCCAGGGGUGAGCAAAACUGAAGAAGAUUGAAACGGAUUGAAGUUAGGGUUUUUGAAAACUGUUCAGCCUAACAGUUUGCAACUUCAAAAAUAAUGCUCAGAAGACAUAUUUGUUUGUCUCGAAUCUCUGACUUUGAGGGCGAGUAAUUGGCAAAAUAAGACAAAAUGAACAGGACUGCCGUGACACAGCCCCUUUAAUUUGACCUUUAUUCUAGGAUCCCUUUUGAUAGGGGCACCUGUAGACACACAUAUUACCGUAGAUUUUAUUAGCUUUUUUUAUUUAUUCACACCUUAGAAAAUACUUGCAAAUGUGCGGCCUACUUAUUGGGGUUGUAAUCCAUUUUUGUCAACAGCGUUCAGCAAGGCAACCGUCGAAAUACGUAAGUUGAUUAAUAAUAGACAGUAACAAUUGGAUUUACGAAAAAAAUAAUUUUUUUAACGUUUUAAGAAAGUGCACUUUGUUUUGUUGUUAUCUACUUGCGAGUUGGUAUUAAAGUAAAAAUCAAUUCUCAUUCAAUUCGAUUCGAUUUCUUUAGGGGUAGAGUAAAAAAAUAUGGAAUUCUUUGGGGGUGAAGCCUUAAUUUUCACGAAAUUCUUCAGGGGUAAACCCAUAUUCUUCAGGGGUAUGACCCAAUUCUUCAGGGGUAAACCCACAUUUUAUGGAAGUCUUCAGGGGUGAAUGCAAUUUUAGCCAAUCUUCAGGGGGAAGAAGAAAAGGUAAGUCCUCAACCGGGGGAAGGGGGGGGGGGUACGGAUAUUAAAUACAAUAGCCCAUUUUCAGUUGUUCCCCCCUUGGUAACAUUUAUCGAGUUACUGUAUAGUUAUGUUUUCACACUUUUUGGUAAAAUUCUCUUACACUCAUGUCUAGCCGAAUUUUUGAAAACAUUUUCCCCCAAAUAGACCUCUUCCGUCAAGUAGUACUUUUUCGGCCAAAAACUAUCUCCAAAGUAACGAAUAUAAAAUUAUAAGAGUGCAACCAUUGCUUUUUUUCCCUCUUCUCUUUGUGCAACUGAGCCUUUGGCUUUCUGUGCUCUCCUUACCAUGUUCACUGUUUUGAUCCUUCAAUUUAUAUUACAUUUUUGUAGAAAACUGUUCUUGUUCAACUUAAACUGUAUUGUUAUCAAGAUUAAGUUAUCUUGUAAUUACAGUUCUAUGAAUUUUAUCUCAAAUUCAAUAUGAUGCUGUAGUCUUACGUAAAAAGUGGUGGUGUAAAUAAACAAAUGAUAAACAAAUCCUCCCUACUCUUUUCUUUUCUUCAUUUCUUUUGCCUUCGCUUUUUUAGAGUGUGAUUUUAGGCAAGCUUAUCGAGUGCAAAAAUACCUGCCUUUUGGCCUUUUUUCAUUCAAAUGGCUGCAAAUUUUGUUAGGUUCGUUUUCAAAAAAUCGGCUAGAUACUCAUUUGAUGAAAUGAUUACAAUCAGGUGCAAGCAUUUUCAAGACGCAUGCACGGACAGCAAGACACUUUCAGCGUAAAGGGCCAGUCGUGUCUACAGGGCACCGAAAGUGAAUCUUGUAUUCAAGAGAGCACCCAAAAUUAAAAAAAAAACCUAAUUAAUUUGGUAGGAUACUAAAAAAGGAAUAGCACCUUUUACAUCUAAAUGCGUGAAAAAAAAAAUCAGCAGCAGUUUUUCUUUACCCGGACGGAGGCAACAAAAUCUUACACAACAACAUUGUAACAGGUAAACUCGGGGACCAGCUAAUUACGAUUCAGUUUGAUAAUUGCCUAUAAUCAAAAUCGUUAUUUCAGUCUAUCGAUGUUCUUUUUACGGGAGCGUCCUUUGUUUUAUUUAUUGUAAGUUAUUUAUUUAUUUAUUUUAAUUUUAUUGUUGUAUUGUUUUUACUUAUUUUUUCAGCGUACAGAAUUCGCUUGAUCACUGCAAAUGACGAUAUUGGAGGGGGUCGUAUUGAGGUCUACCAUAAUGGUCAAUGGGGAACAAUCUGUGACAAAAGCUGGUCCGAGCAGGCUGCAAAAGUGGCUUGUAGGGAGCUCGGCUUCAAAACUGCGCUGUAUCCAGCCAAACGAGCCUUCUUUGGUGAAGGAUCUGGACCGGUAAUGACGAAACAUGAUCCCGCGGCGUAUAAAUUAAUAACAUCAUUAUUCAUUCAAAAUAUUUUUCUGUCUGGGUCAAAUCCUCUAACUAAUUCUUCUUAA